CAAUGCCUGUCAAGCAUGGCUGCGUAUUUGUACACAGCUGUAGUGUGCAACACGUGCGUGUUCGUGGACGUUUGCUGUUAGUGAGUCGUCGUCGUUACUUUAAAUUUCGGCGACAUGGGAGUCCACGACAACGCAGAUUCAAAGUAUAUUGUUAUCGGUAAUUCGAGCUUCUCGAAAUUAGCAUCGAAACGUCCUACAACCGUUGUGUUUAACGAAAGUUCGAGCAAAAUCUCAAAAUUCGAGGAUAAUCAACAAAACAUUCAAGCAGAAAAUGUAGACAAAGGAAACAUUAAUUUGCAACAACAAAGGAAGUCUCUGCCGGUCUAUAAGCUUCGUAAGCGAUUGCUUGAAGAGAUCCGCAGGAACAGCACCCUGAUCAUCAUUGGCGAAACGGGAAGCGGCAAGACAACGCAGAUUCCCCAAUUCCUGCUUUCUUCCGGUAUCGCUGGCAGUUCCGGUUGUAUCGGCGUCACCCAGCCGCGAAGAGUGGCCGCGGUGAGCGUGGCCCGCCGAGUUGCGUUAGAGCAAGGGGUAGAAACGGGUAAAUUGGUCGGUUAUUGCGUACGUUUCGAGGACGUGACGUCGUCGCAAACGAGGAUCAAGUACCUGACUGAUGGUAUGAUGGUCCGUGAGGCGAUGACCGACGAAAUUUUAUCGGAUUAUUCAGUGGUGAUCCUCGACGAAGCCCACGAACGAUCGGUGCAGACUGACGUGUUGCUCGGCGUUGCAAGGAGGGCGCAGAAUUUACGAAAGCUUAAGAACCUACCGCCGUUGAAGUUGCUCGUAAUGUCAGCCACGAUGGACGUCGAUAAGUUUAGCAAGUAUUUCCAAGCGCCGGCACUGUACUUAGAGGGUCGUCAGCAUCCGGUGAAGAUUUAUCACGCCGUCAAGUCGCAGGAGGAUUAUGCGUUCUCCGCCCUUGUUACAGCUUUCCAGAUUCAUCGCGACAGCCCUGCCAACGAGGAUAUUCUGGUCUUUUUGACCGGACAAGAAGAAAUCGAGGCUGCGGCUGUGAGCGCGAGGCAAGUAGCUAAACAACUGGAUGGACAGGGUUAUCCGCCAUUGAAGGUGUUUCCAUUGUAUUCGGCUUUGCCGACGCAUCAGCAAUUGGAAGCCUUUAAGCCGUCCGCUCCUGGAAUGAGAAAGCUCAUUUUGUCUACCAACGUGGCUGAAACUUCCGUUACCAUUGGUGGAAUUCGACACGUGAUCGACACCGGCGUGGUCAAAGCGAGAACUCAUCACCCGACUACCGGAUUGGAUGUGCUCAGGGUGGAAAAAGUCUCAAAGGCACAGGCCUGGCAGAGGACCGGCAGGGCUGGCCGAGAAGCGGCCGGCAAAUGUUACAGAACCUACACCAAGGAGGAGUUCGAGAGGAUGAAGGAGAUGCCUGUGCCGGAGAUACAAAGGUGUGCCCUCGCGGGAGUAGCCCUCCAGCUGCUCGCCAUCGGCGUUGACAUCACCACCUUUGAUUUCAUGGACAAACCGCCGAAGGAGGCCGUCGACGUCGCGGUGACCUGCCUGGAGAAACUGGGCGCCGUUAAGGGUUCUCCGCCACAGCUGACCACCCUCGGAAGAACAAUGUCGUUAUUUCCGUUGGAUCCACGAUUCACCAAAGUGAUUCUUGCAUCAGUGGAGCAUCAGUGCCUCGAAGAGGCUCUCACGGUUGUCGCCCUCUUGUCGGGAGAGUCUGUUUUCACUGACCCACCUGCGAAAAGGCAGCAGGCUUACGUCGCCAGAUCAAGAUUCGCCUCACCCGAGGGAGACCACGUCAUGCUGCUGAACGUUUUCCGGGCGUACAGCAAUACGAAGCAGAAGAAGGCCUGGUGUCACGAGAACUUUCUGCAUCACAGAAAUCUGGAAUACGCGGCGUCGGUGCGACAACAGCUCGCCAUGCUGGCCGAACGCGCGAACCUGGAGAAGGCCAGCUGCGGGACAAAUACCGAACAACUCAGGAAAACACUCCUCGAGGGCCUCUACGAUAAUCUCGCCGAAUUGCAGAGGGAUCAGACUUAUAUCACCGUGAGCUCGAAGCAGCCAGUUGCCAUACAUCCUUCCUCGACGUUACACGGCAGCAAACCAUCGUUAAUACUGUUCACGGAGAUUGUAGCCACCGGAAGAUGCUACCUCCGCGGUUUGUCUGUCAUCGACUCUUCGUGGUUGGCUGAAAAAGGGUUCAAUAUCGGGAAACACGAUUAAACCGUAGUCCUCCAUUGUCGAGUCUCGCUCGGUGGAAGAAAAAAAAAAAAAAAACGUCGGAGGCGUUCGUUUCCCUCGUGGAUCGUUGUUGUAAUUAAGAGGAAUCGCCGCAACUGGUUAUUAUUACACUCUGUACAGUUCUUUAAUAAAAACGACCAUUGCUUUUUU